UCGGCGGCGGCAGCCGGGGCGGCACACGGCGGCGAGCGGGGCGGCGGGCAGCGCCAUGCGGGCUGCCGCCUGCCUCCUCUCCCUGGCGCUCUGCGCCCUGCCGGCUGCCCCAGGAGGCUCCGGGCCAGCGACAGCGGGGCGGCGGGGCGAGAGCCGCUUCGCGGAGCGGGAGAGCAUCAGGCCCCUGCGGCUGGUCUCCGGCGAGGGCGGCGGCGGGGCGCGGUGGCCGGCACUGAGCACACGGGUGCGGAGCGAGGCGGCGCGGACACAGUCUACCCACAUUGCUCGAGCCAGCUUCCAGGUUGAUGCUUUUGGAUCAUCUUUCAUCCUAGAUGUGACACUAAACCAUGACCUGCUGUCUUCUGAGUAUCUUGAGAGGCAUAUCGAGCAAGGUGGGAAGACAGUGGAAGUUAAAGGAGGAGAACAUUGCUAUUAUCAGGGAAAAAUUCGAGGAAAUCCUGUGUCAUUUGUUGCCUUGUCAACAUGCCAUGGAUUACAUGGGAUGUUCUAUGAUGGAAAUCAUACUUACCUUAUUGAGCCAGAUGAGAACUACACUUCAGAUGAUGACUUCCAUUUCCACUCUGUUUACAAAUCCAAGUUGUUUGAGUUUCCUUCUGAUGACCUACCAUCUGAGUUCUGGCAGAUGAAUGCUACAUCACAGAAUUUUGUUGUAAGGCCAAGACACAAAAGAAGGAAAAGGCAGGUUCGUCAGAUUCCACGUAAAGUUGAAGAAGAAACAAAAUACAUUGAGUUAAUGAUUGUAAAUGAUCAUCUAAUGUGUAAAAAGCACCGCUUGUCAGUCGGCCAUACUAACAGCUAUGCUAAAUCAGUUGUGAACAUGGCAGAUUUAAUAUAUAAAGAACAACUUAACACCAGGAUAGUAUUGGUUGCCAUGGAAACCUGGGCUACUGAUAACAAGUUCACCAUAUCUGAAAAUCCCUUGGUGACCCUGCGUGAGUUUAUGAAAUAUAGGAGGGAUUUUAUCAGAGAGAAAAGUGACGCAGUUCACCUUUUUUCGGGGAGUCGAUUUCAGAGCAGUCGAAGUGGAAUAGCCCACACGGGUGGAAUCUGCUCCUUGCUUAAAGGCGGAGGUGUGAAUGAGUUUGGAAAGCCAGACUUAAUGGCAGUUACCCUGGCACAGACCUUGGCCCAAAACAUUGGCAUUUUCUCAGACAGAAGAAAAAUUAUAAGUGGUGAGUGUAAGUGUGAGGACAUGUGGUCUGGAUGCAUAAUGGGAGAUAUGGGGUACUAUCUUCCAAGCAAGUUCUCUGAGUGUGAUAUUGAAGAGUAUCAUGAAUUUUUAAACAAUGGAGGUGGUGCCUGCCUUUUCAAUAAACCAACCAAACUUCUGGAUCCUCCAGAAUGUGGCAAUGGCUUUGUGGAAGAUGGAGAAGAAUGUGACUGUGGGACAAUAGCAGAGUGUGCCAGUGAAGGAGGAGAGUGCUGCAACACUUGCACCCUGACAGCGGGCUCCCAGUGCAGCAACGGGCUUUGCUGUCGGAAGUGCCGGUUUGAACCUAAAGGAGUUUUGUGUCGAGAAGCGGUGAAUGAUUGUGAUAUUGCAGAGAACUGCACAGGAAAUUCUAGUCAGUGUUCUCCUAAUAUUCAUAAAAUGGAUGGAUAUUCAUGUGAUAACAAACAGGGUAUUUGUUUUGGAGGAAGAUGUAAAACCAGGGACCGGCAAUGUAAAUAUAUCUGGGGUGAAAAAGUGACAGCUGCUGACAGGUACUGCUAUGAGAAGCUGAAUAUUGAAGGAACUGAGAAAGGAAACUGUGGAAGAGACAAAGAGUCUUGGAUACAGUGCAAUAAACAAGAUGUGCUUUGUGGAUACCUUCUGUGCUCCAAUAUAUCCAGUGUGCCCAGACUUGGAGAACUUGAUGGUGAAAUCACAACAUCCAUCUUGCACUUUGGAAGAGUCUACAAUUGCAGUGGUGGCCAUGUGAAGCUUGAUGAGGAGACAGACCUGGGAUACGUAGAGAACGGGACACCGUGUGGGCCCAACAUGGUGUGCCUUGACCAUCGCUGCCUCCCCACUGAGGCCUUCAACUUCAGCACCUGCCCAGGCACUACAGACAGCCAGAUUUGCUCAGGACAUGGUGUUUGUAGCAAUGAAAUAAAGUGCGUCUGUGACCGAUUCUGGGGAGGAGACGACUGCAGUUCUCGCAUCAAAGAUGAUCUCUUUUUUGAUAAAGAUGCCAUCAAUAAAGGUGUGGUUAGCACAAAUAUAAUAAUAGGGGCUAUUGCUGGCACCAUUUUAGUGUUGGCUCUCGUUUUAGGAAUAACUGGUUGGGGUUACAAAAACUACAGAAGACAGAGACAAAUACCCCAGGGAGAUUAUGUAAAAAAGCCGGGAGAGGCCGACUCUUUUUAUAGCGACAUGCCUCCUGGAGUCAGCACAAACUCUGCAUCUAGUUCUAAGAAGAGGUCUGCUUUUCUGUCGCAUUUUCAGAUUUCUACCUGUUCCAUCACCCAUUAUUCCAUUAGUCAGAACAUUUCAUUGUUUUGCAGCAGGUCAAAUGGAUUAUCUCAUUCCUGGAGUGAAAGGAUCCCAGACACAAAACAUAUUUCAGACAUUUGUGAAAAUGGGAGGCCUAGGAGUAAUUCUUGGCAAGGUAAUAUAGGAGGAAACAGAAAGAAAGUCAGAGGCAAAAGAUUUAGGCCACGGUCUAAUUCAACUGACCGGGUAACCCAUGCAUCUGAGCCUGGGCUUUCUCUCGCCCACCAAACCCCUGCCCAAGGCAUAAGCUCAGGGGGUUCUGACCACCCCCAAACAGGGAGUCUGGAUCACAGGUAUUUAAACCCAUGGUUCAAAAGAGAAUAUAAUGUAGCUAAGUGGGUAGAAGAUGUGAAUAAAAACACUGAAGGACCAUACUUUAGGACACUGUCUCCUGCAAAGUCUCCAUCUUCAUCCACUGGAUCUAUUGCUUCCAGCAGAAAAUAUCCUUACCCGAUGCCACCACUUCCUGAUGAAGAGAAAAAAGCCAACAGGCAAAGUGCCAGGCUAUGGGAGACGUCCAUCUAGCUGCACUGUUUUCCUGGGGUCACAUCAGAACUGUUUACUUUGGAUUUUAUAGAAACUCAGCAUCACUGAGUCAUUGCACAUUCAUCUGCUCUUCAGACAAUUUGAAAGAUCAACAGAGAUGCCCGUGAUCGCAGUGAGAACUUCCUCUCAUCUGGAAGGGAAAAAAACAGUCUUUUUCUUUUUUCUUUUUUGUUGACUAGUAUUUUAUGGAUUUGAUGAACAACCAAAAUCAUAACAAUUAAUAGAGGAUAAUUAGCCCGGAUGUGACAAGGCUAUGCCGCAUGAUGACAGAUACACUUACCUAGAAUCCCAACUGCAGUCCAUUUGCCAGUCCUGAAUAAGAGAGGUGUUUCUCUGGUUUGUUGCAGUCCUGAGUCAGACCAAAAUGGAACUGGGAAUGUGCCUCCCGGAGAGCCCAGACGAUGUAAACUUGUACGCUGUAUGCAUGAACCUUGUGUUCUUUACUUUCCACAUGUAAGGGAUAAACAACAUGCUGUAGUAGAGAUUAGCAUGCAGGAGUAAGAAAUGUAGGAUUUUUUUUUUGUGACAGGAUUUCAAGCUUUGAAAGGCAACUAUUUGACACAAAUGUCAAACAAACAAGGAUCAUAUCUUUUUUUUUUUUACCUUACAUGUUUAUAAUCUCAAUAUACAGAUUGUAUAUAUGUAAACAUUUGAUAAUGUCAAAAAUAGCUGUUAUACGUAAGUGUAUUUUGCCAAAUGCCUAAAGAAACAGUCAUGACUAACAUCAUCACACUUCAGAUUUUCUAAUAUUACGAGCAGACAUCUUUGGAAAUACUGAAAGUACAGUACUGUAAAACUGUGUCUCUCAGAAACUGGUGUUUGACCAAAAUCUGUACUAUUUUUAACCAUCUUAUACUGUCUUGACAAUCUCAGUUGUACAGUAGACUGCAGAAACCGGUACAGCAGCACUUUAUCUUAAAUUAUUGUAAGAGGAACCAGCCAAAAUCCAUUGUUCAGUGAGAUGAGCACUGUAUCCUCUCACAGGUGUAAUCAAGAAUGAUUCAGCAGACAACAUAGUCUUUAAGUCAUGUGCAGCCCAAACUUACUGGACAUUUGGGAAUAUUUCUAAGUAGUCAGUUCAGGAUGUGGUGAUGUGAAGUCUGUCUGGUGAGAGUUGCUGUGUAUUUUUGAUAGACCAUUUCAGACACUGUUUUAGAUGGCAAGGCAUAGCUUAUGAGAAGUAUAAGGAUUUCACUGCACUAGAUAAUAACAGUGCUGGGCAAGUGGCCAGUUUCAUUGCUGUCUUGUAAUUUUUUUUGUUACUGGAAUCACCUUUACCAUGUGCUUGAAUGCUGUGCUUGCUGCCCCUGAAGACCCCUUGACAUUUUUUGGGGCAUUAAAUUGAGUACAAGGGAGUGUAGCCUAAAAAGAACAGGGUGGAGGGCAACAAAGCCUUUACCACGGAGAUGUUAAUCUCCUGAGUCAGUGGAUGGUUAUAUUUCUAACACCUGAGACUUCUAAAGGUUGUUGUAAAACAAAUAUCUUCCGUUUGGGAAUUUUCAGUUAGUAAAGGAACUGGACCAUAUUAAAUCAAUGUAUAAUUCUCUGGCUUUCCAAAAUUGACCGAUUCUUAGCUUUGGGUAGCACCAUUGCAGAAUAAAACACCUGACUGUGGUGCAGUUGAAUACCUUGCCCAACAGCAGUAUGAUCAAUUAGAUAUUAUUGUAAUGGGAACAUCUGUGGUGUUUCUGAAUCUUCUACCUCUUUCAUGUAUUUUCUUUAAUAAGUGACCCCAACACUUGCAACCUUUUAAUAUAUUUUUUUAACUUUUACGUCUCUCAAUAAAGUUAGAUAUAUUAAGAUUAAACUAAGAAAUGUUUAAAGAUGUCAGCAAGUGUAAAGUAUGUAAGAUUUUUAGAAGCACUAUAUUUUAUGAUUAGGCUAUAUGUUGGAUUAUGGCAAAAUAUUGGCUUUGGUUUUCAAAUGAUUUUCCUUCACAGCUGACAGGUUCUGGUAAGUAUUUUGGAAAAAGACAAAUGUAGGUGAGUGCCAUUGGGUGCAGAGAGACCAUCUGGAAGGAGCCAGUCACUUGUAAUUGCUUUAGGAAAAGGUUCUGCACUUUUAUGAAAGGUAAAUAUCCAUCAGCACUGAAGAAUAUUUUUGCAAAGAUUUACUUUGAGUGUAGAUAACUGGAUUAAAGAUAGUUGGUAGCAUGUAACUCAUGAAAUUAGGGUCUCAGCCAUAGUAACUUGAAAUCAGUAUGUCUUUUAUUGAUUUCACUGUACUUUAAGCAGGACUCUCAAGAAGUUCACCCACAUUAGGACAUUAUGCUAACCCUAUAGCCACUGUGUUACUCUGUUCCCUAGAAGCUAGUUUUCCCUCCCAUAUUCAUAUCUUGUCUUCAGUAACUGGACUGUUUAUCAUGUGCCUUUUAUGGUAUUUGUUUGGAUACAAACUGGUGUGUUAUUUUGAAUAAUUCUGUUAGAUUUCUGUGCUUAUCUUAUGUUUACCACUGUUUACUCUUCCCUUUCCAUUUUGCCUUACCAAGGAGCAGCAAGGUUUGGCAGACAGAACUGGAUAUAACAUACUGGCUCUUUGUGCAAUGUUCAUAGCUCCUUGUUUUGCGAACAAAUGGCUCUCCUGACUGUAUUUCCAAUGUAGUGGGUACUUCCAGCUUCUCUUUUGUUUUGGUAUAAUUUGUUUGUAGCAUAUGAUGGUACAGUUAUGUGUGUAGUGUACCUUUAACAGUCACCUUCAAAUCUGGAAAUAUGUAGUGACUGGAAGUCUAGUUAUGAGCACUAAGUUUAAGUUAAUAAAUAUUGACUUUCACUUUGGUCUAGAGUGAGAAUAUCACAGGACUUCGGUUUUUGUAAAAUUCUGCUGCAGAGAAUUUUCUGUCAGGUUGGUAACUUGGGAAACCUUGUCAUUGCACAAAACCUGAACUGGCAGGGCUGUGUGAGCCUCCCAAGCCACUGGAGGUUGGAGAGAGAAGUUGUUUACUUACAGUCUGUCAUUUCCUACUUCUAAAAUGUAGCGUGUUGGAAAGCUGCCAGAUUAAUAACCUUGAAGAUUGCAAAUAUUUUUAUCCACUAUAGUUAGUUACACUGGCAAUAGCAAUAUAAAAUUGCUGCAUAAUACCUCAUCCACACUAAAGUAGAGUACUUGUCACUAAGAUAGCUCAGUGAUUUUGACUCAUUGACACUCAUGCUUUUAUUGUUUUAUUUUAAUUUUAAUAAAUGAACUAGUUAUUGCCAGCUACACUGCAGAUGCUUGUUGAGGUGGGGAUGUUAUCAGUUCUUCUCAAAUAGAAAUAAUUGUUCAUAUGAGCAUAGGACCUGCAGGAUGAGUUAUAGUUGGCUUUAUGUAUUUCAAUGUGGGAGAAGAAUCUUGCAUAAUUUAUAAUGAAAUUAGUAUGGCUAACUGAUGGAGACUGGAAAAUGCAGAUCAUAUCCGAAUAAUAACGUUGCACAGUGAUGCCACAGUCUAAUAAGUAAAAAUUUUCCUGCUAAUAUCUGUAUUUGUUGAUUCAAAAACUUCAGUAAUCUCAGGCAAUAUACCAGAAAUGGUUGUGACUGAUAAUUUAUGUAUAAUUUUGUUAUAUUUAAGUAAUUAGAAUCAAGGAGAUUGUUAAUUUUGUACAGCCUACCUUUGCUUAAGUUGUGAACUUAAGCCACUACUUGCCAGUUAUCUGAUUUGAAGUGUGACUUUACUUUGAAGAUGGCUUCUUCCAAAUGAUUUAAGAGUUCCUGUUUUAUGAGAUAUUGAAUCUGCUGAACUGAUGCGCUCACGAAAUAAUUUUGAUUGUGCUGAUGAACAAGUGGACUUUUGAGCUAUAUCCUGAAUUAAAAUCAGAAAGAAAUUGUGUCAAUUGCUAGUGUACUGAGAUCCUCUUACUCGAAUCCCUGUUGGUGAUUCGGACUGAUUGGUCUUGUCAACACUUAUGUGACAACUGGUUUCAAAAUCAGAGCAAAGAAUGGGUACAUAACAUACUAUAGACAUGCAUAUACUAGAAAUUCUGACCAAAUUUGCAGUAAUUUCAUUAAUGAAUUGGUUAAUGAAUAGGAUAGGAUGUAAUGUGAAAGAAGGAUGAGACUUCAUAAACGCAAAGGAUAACCAGUUAGCUCUUAGGACUUGUGAAUCCCAUACAUAGCUGCUGUAAACAAAGUUAUUGCACUCCAGUGUAAAACUCAUCAAGCUCCUGUUCUCUUCCAUCCCCUUUCCACUCCUACUGAAAAGUAUUUUCAUGAAUGAUUUAUCCACUAAUUUCCUCUUGUAUGAGUUGGCUGAGGUCAGAAAGCUGCUAAGUUGGUCACCUUAUUAGGAAGAAAUGCUUCACUGUGAGGGUGGUGGGACACUGGAACAAGUUGCCCAGAGAAGUUGUGGAUGCCCCAUCCCUUGAAUUGUUCAGUGCUAGGUUGAAUGUGGCUCUGAGCAACCUGGUCUAGUGGAAGGUGUCCCUGCCCUUGGCAGGGGGGGUUGGCACUACAUGAUCUUUAAGGUCCCUUUCAACCCAAAUCAUUCUAUGAUUCUAUGAUCUUUUGCUUUUGCUAUAGUGUAGGUGAUGGCACCUCAGAUUUCGUGCAAUUUGCUCUGGUGUGCUUGUUUUGCCUGGGGUAGACUUAAUUUUCUUCACAGUAGCUGGUAUGGGGCUCCGGUUUGGAUUUGUGCUGAAAACUGUUGAUAACAUGGGGAAUUUGUUAGUUAUUGCUGAGCAGUGCUUGCACAUAACCAAGGCCUUUUUUGCUCCUCACACUGCGCCAACAGAGUGGGCUGGGGGUGCACAAGGAGUUGGGAGGGGACACAGCUAGGGUAGUGACCUCACCUGAUCAAGGAAUAUUUUAUACCAGGUGGCACCAUGCUCAGCUAUAAACUAGGGGGAAGGUUGGCAGUGGGGAACCACAGCUCAGGGACUGGCUGAGCAUUGGUUUGGUGGUGGUGUGCAAUUCUUUUCAUUUGCAUCACUUGUCUUUCUUGGGUUUUAUUUCUCUCUCAGUUAAUUUCCUUUUCAUUAUUUUUUUUACUACUACUACUAUUAUUUCAUUUCAAUUAUUAAGCUGUUCUUAUGUCACCCCAUGAGUUUUCUCACUUCUGCCCUUCCAGUUCUCUUCCCUCAUCCCACUGGAGGUGGGGGGUGAGUGAGCAGCUGUGUGGGGCUUAGUUACUGGUUGGGGUUAAACCACGAUGACAGCUGGUAAAAUCACUUGGCGGCUCAGCCAUCCUGUGUCUUUCUCAUGUUCUAGCGUUGUUGAAGGCUAAGCCUCUUUAAUCACCAAGUUUGUGAACCUAAAAGUUGAGCUGUUUCCUGUUUCUCUUGCUCCAAGGCUGAAGAUCAUUCAUUUCUUUAGCUAAACUAUUUGAGUAUCAGUGUCACUGAAUAACAGUGGACUGUUUGGACCACUGUUAUCAACCACAGUGUGAGGUUGUUUGCCUCAUUUUUAAAGAACUGGAGCAUUUUGGUCUCUGCUGAAGACUUUUUAUUCCCAGCAUGGAUUACAUCAGACUACUGAGCUGAUGACCCACUCUUUGCAUGGCUUCCAAAUCAUGACAUUUGUUGGCAAUAUGGUAUUUGACUUUGAUCACAUUUCCUGAAGACAAAUUUAAAUAAACUGCAAACAUAUGUGCAGGUUGUAAUCCCACGACUGCACGGUGGGUAAGGUUCCCAUGUGUGCCUAACUAUUAUCCUAAUAGAGCAGAAGAAAGGAAACAGUGAAACUCAUAGCUGCAAACAGAUAGGACUCUUAAGUGUGAUUUGACCAGAACAGGAAAGGAGUUAAUAGUUUCUAUCAUCUACACCAAGAAACUGCUUUGAGGUGAGUAUUUUCUAAGUCAGCUUAUGAAAAUCAUUUGCGGUGCCUCAAGUAUGGAUGCUGAUGUAAACUAAAGCUUUGGAAACAGCAGCUUGUGCACCCAGCAUGUGGUAUCUUGUCAUUCCACGACCGUUUUCUGCAACUUUAGAGAAAGCACUACAACAGUCAACAGUAAUAUGUUAUCUCAGCCAAGUAACCAAAACAAUCAGUAAAAGUAAGUUCAGAACACAGAAAUGUGGUAAUUUGCUCACCCUUGAGACUCUGUACCUGGCUUCAAAAUUGGCUCACCUAACCAGAUCUGGCAGUUUUAGUUCUCUAAAAUCCAGUCUACAACAGUAUCAAAAUCACUUCAGCUAAGCCAGCUUUAAACUGUUUAAAAAUUUGUGCUACUUAAGCUGCAAUUGCAAUAUAACUCAGAAUGAGAUGAGGAAAAUCUGAGAAAAUAAGCACACAGCAGUUAAAAAGAAACGUUCGCUAAGGGAGAAGUACAGGUGCUUUAACACUGUCUUUAAUUGCUAAAGCAUAAAAUGUCAAAGGAACAAACUUUUUUUCUAUUUCUGUAUUCCUAUGAGUAAAAAAAAAAAUAAGUUUUUGUUAAAAAAAUCAACAUGAGGCCUUAAGACCUAAUAUAUUCUAACUUUAGCAUGGAGAGUCUAUUUUUACAACCAUGUUAGAAAUUCUGUAUAUAGGCCUGACUGACCUUGUAAGUAUAGUGAUGCGAGCAGAUAACCAUGCAAUAUUGUAAGGCUCUGUAUAACAGUAAAUGCUGAUUUAUUUUGAUUAUUGAUACAAGAACUCCUGCUCACUGCCUGUGUAGACUCUGCAUAUUUUAUGCUUGGAAAUACAGUCCAGAACAUAUUCAAACUGUGAAUAUAUAACCUGAUUUUUCUUUUCUUAAGGGUAAAAAUAUAUUACAAUAGGUAAUGUUUUAUAUAGAAUACAGUACUUAUUUUUAUCAUUGCAUAAAUGCAGAGUAUUUUUUUCAGAAUAGCAAAGCAUUACAGAAUUUGUAAUCUGCUGGAGAAAACACUAUUUAUGGUAUGACCGGUUCUUUCAGCAAAGCUUUUGGGGUGGUACAGACCAACUGGCUCUGCCAUCUUCAUUUUGUGCUAGUGUUUAACUUGGGCACUGCUGUAAAAAAAAAGCUAUUUUGUCACUCGUACUAGCCCUUAUUGAGAGAGGCAAGAAGAAUCAUGUUUCACCACUGUGGCUGGGCUAGUAUUGGCAAAAACAACAAUCUGCACCAUAUCGUUGUCUUUGCUAGUUAAAAUCCUUUAAAAAUCAUAUCUGAGGUAACAGAAGCAUAAUGUUUUGACAAACACCAAAACGAAGCAUUGCAAUUUACAACUUUCUAGCUUUGAGUGUGAUAUUUUUGUCAUAAACAUUACAGGCAUUGGGCUGUUGAAUGAAUCUGGCUUUCAUGUAGCUAAACAAAAUGUUGCUUUUUAUAAAAUCAAAUAAUUGUAAUUUGGGGUUCUAAAUUCCUGCUCACUUUUAAUAAUAACAGCAUUACACUAUCCACUUCUAUGAGAGUAUUUAAUACAAAUGCCUGUGGUUUUCAAUGUAACUAACAUAUUGUAACAUCAGUAAAGUGAUUUUCAAUGACAAA